AUGAAUCUGCACUACACUAUAAUAUUAUUUUUUUGCCUUCCAUUAAAUAUAUUGGAAAUAUCAUCAUAUGAAAUUAAUAAAAAUAAACCAUACAUCUCACCACAUACACCAACUACAUUACGAGUGUUAAGCGAAUGUGACCUACAUACAUCAAUUUAUGAUAAUGAUUCGGAUAUGAAAUCUGUUAAGGAAAAUUUCGAUCGACAAACAUCACAACGUUUUGAAGAAUACGAAGAACGUAUGAUAAAAAACAGAAAAAGAUGUAAAGAACAAUGUGACAAAGAUAUAAAAAAAAUUAUUGUAAAAGACAAAAUCGAAAAAUCAUUUGCAGAAAAACUGGAAAAAGGUUGUCUUAGGUGUGGGUUUGGGUUAGGAGGUGUUGCAGCAAGUGUUGGAAUAAUUGGUCCAAUUAUUGUAAAUGAGUUGAAAAAAACUGCUUUGGUUGCCGCAGCUCAAACGGGUACUGAGGCAGGUAUUGAUAAAGCCAUUGAAGUAGUAAUAUCAAAAUAUGGUGUAAAUAAAUUAUAUGGUGUUGCUCUGGAAAAAAGUAUUACUUCUAAUAAUUUUAAAAAUGUUAUGUUUUAUAUUCAAGCUAUUCAACAUAGAUAUAAUACUAUGGUAUGUUCCGCAGAACCUAUUGAUGAUAUCGGUCCUCUUUGCUUUUUAAAAGAUUCUUUAAAUGAUGGUGUUCUCUUUACUAAGUCUAUUUCAGCAAGCGCACAAAAAGUUGUUGCAGAUGCUACUGAGAAAGCUACAUUAGUUACAAAAGCUGAGGUUUCCGCAGCAGAGGCUACAAGUGUCAAUCUAUAUUAUGCAAUUGCUUACUCAGUCAUUGCAAUAUUAGUUAUAGUUUUGGUUAUGGUAAUCAUUUUUUUAAUAUUACGUUAUCGACGAAAAAAAAAAAUGAAUAAAAAAGCCCAAUACACAAAAUUAUUAAAUCAAUAA